GCAGGGGGUUGGACUAGAUGACCUCCUGAGGUCCCUUCCAACCCUGAUAUUCUAUGAUUCUGUGAAUGACUUUCUCAGGGUCACACAAGUAGGCUGUGAUGGAUCAGGGUAUCAAACCUGUGCGUUUCUUGUCCCAGGUUAACAUGCUAACCACUGGGCUAUGCUUCCUUUCUGAGAAUUUAAAUAAUAAGUGAAGGCUUAAUUUGAAGAUGGCACAGGUGUCACUGCUGAUGUGUAGAUAGGAAAGAACCCAUCUUGACUUUUAGAUGUCAGUGAGUGUUCAGAGCUGGUUGUUGGACUAGGGGCGGGGUGGAAGUUCUUUGAAUGGCCUCUGCACAUGAGCACUGUUAAGGAGAUGCCAACCAGUGUAGUAGAAGCAGUGCCUGUUGGAAUACCCACAAACCCCACCCCAUAGCUCUAAAUGUUUGAGGCAGUGCUAUAAAGGGGGCAAGUUGCUUCAAUCGUCUUAGUUCUUUCCAAAUGUGCUAGUGUAUGAACCUGGAACUUCUGGAUGCUCUUACUCAAACUUAGUUCUAAAACAAAAAUUAACUUUAAUGUCUGUAUAUGGUUACAUUUUAUUGUUUUAGUGUAGUUUUAGGGAAUAAAUCUCGGCUAGCUUAGUUUUUAAAGCCUUGGCAUUUAAGUCAGCCAAAUUGAGUCUCCUUUCACCAUAGCCUUCCUGGGUCCUUCCUGAAAUCUAUCUUGGUUCUCAAUGCCUAGUAUCUUUCCAAGUGGAUUGGUGGUUUAUUGAGGUACGGGGAUGCUCCAACGGGCACUGUUUCUUGAGAGUGCCACUCUGCUCAGCUGUAGGUGCAUAUUCUCAAUAAUGUGAGUGUGCAGAGGAUCAUUGUGAAGGAUGCUAAUUAACAAUAAGAAAUCUUCUUUUUUACUUGUAUGCUGAGUAAAUUUGGCCUGGAAAAUACAAAGUCCUGUUUUUAGUGUCACUUUUCAGGGAAGAAUUGCACUUCACAGUGCAGUAAAGGUCAGAAAAAUGACUAAAUAUUAUAUAAUAUAAAUUAAUUAAUAUAAAUAAUAUAAAUAAACACUUUAUUACCCAGUAGAUCUGCUCCCUGAUUUGUGUUCAAUCAUAUCUACUGACUUAAGUUACAAUUUUUUUAGCUGUUAACUGGAACUCCUGUUAGCUGAAUUGACUGCAUUCAAUUGACUGAGAGACUAAGAAGGCUUCUGUUUUGGUUCCCUAUCAACAGAAUUUUCUAAAUUCUAAUGGCAGGGCUAAUUUUUGCCCUUGUUUGCACCUGUGCAACAUUCUUCUGGACAUUGUAAACAACAAUUGGGAUUGUAAACAUCAGUCCUUUUGUCACCUGUUUUUACAUGAAAGUUCCUGUACAGCCUGUCCUACCAAGCUCUCAGGAAAUGAAUGAUUCCAGGUUGAUAGAAUCAACCAGCACAAUGGAUGAAGCAAUAGCUGCUGGUCUGAAGUUUAAUGAUGAAGCUGCAUCCCGAAAAAGGAAACUAAGCCAAUCACCCACAAACAAUUCUGAAGACAGUGGUGACCAAAUUUCAAAAAAGCAAAGAACGAACUCUCUAGAAGGGGAAGAAUCUCAAAAAGAAUGGGAAAAGCAAGAAGCUCUUGUAAAGAAACUGCAAAAUAAAUUUCCCAGUUUGGAUAAAGAGGAACUGAAAGAUGUACUUCAAGAACAUAACUGGGUGUUUCAUGAAGCACUGGAGUCUUUAAAAGUAUUUGCAGAAGACCAACAGGAUGUGCAAUAUCCUUCCAAAAGUGAAGUUUCUAGUUGGAACGAAGUCUCCACAAAUAGCAAAAAGCACUAUAAUAAUGACACUAAAGUGAAGGUGAAACAGAAAUCUUCUGCGAAAGCUCAGAAUGGCUUUAGGAAAAAAGAUAAAGGCAAAAAAGGUGUUUGGAGGACUAAACGAGAAACAGAAGAUUCAGAAUACGAGUCAGCUUCAGAAGGUGGUAGCUCCCUUGAUGAGGACUACAGCAGUGGUGAUGAAGUGAUGGAGGAUGGUUACAAAACUAAAAUAGUUAGCUUCCUGCAAGAUGCUUCACUAGGUGAACUCACUUUGAUUCCUCAGUGUUCUCAGAAAAAGGCUCAGAAGAUAACAGAGCACCGGCCCUUUAAUAGUUGGGAAGCUCUGUUUACGAAAAUGAGUAAGACAAAUGGAUUAUCAGAAGAUAUUAUAUGGAACUGCAAAAUAUUGCUCAAAGAGAGAGACGUGGUUCUAAAACUCAUGAACAAAUGUGAAGACAUUUCAAAUAAAUUGACAAAACAAGUUACCAGGAUCACAGAAGAUGGAGGAUGUGGAUGGAAUAUAGAGCAACCUUCCAUUCUGAAUCAAAGUAUGGAGCUCAAGCCCUAUCAGAAGAUAGGUUUGAACUGGCUAGCGCUACUGCAUAAACAUGGAUUGAAUGGUAUUUUAGCUGAUGAAAUGGGUUUAGGAAAAACAAUACAAGCUAUAGCAUUCCUGGCAUACCUCUACCAAGAGGGUGAUAAAGGUCCUCAUUUGAUUGUUGUGCCAGCUUCAACUUUAGAUAACUGGAUAAGAGAGGUUAAUCUGUGGUGUCCUGCUCUUGAUGUCCUUUUUUAUUAUGGAUCCCAAGAGGAUCGUAAGCAACUCAGAAUUGACAUUAAUAAUAAAGUUGUAAAUUUCAAUGUGAUUGUGACCACGUAUAACUCUGCAAUUAGCAGUGCAGAUGACCGUAGCCUGUUUCGCCGUCUGAAGCUUAACUAUGCAAUCUUUGAUGAAGGUCACAUGUUGAAGAACAUGGGUUCUGUACGCUACCAGCACCUAAUGACAAUUAACGCAAAGAAUCGUCUGCUGCUAACAGGCACUCCAGUUCAAAAUAACCUGUUGGAAUUAAUGUCUCUAUUGAAUUUUGUCAUGCCACAUAUGUUCAGUGGUAGCACCAGUGAAAUCCGGAGGAUGUUCUCUUCAAAAACAAAAGCUGCUGAAGAACACAGUAUAUAUGAAAAGGAGCGGAUUGCUCACGCGAAGCAGAUCAUAAAGCCAUUUAUCUUGAGAAGAGUAAAGGAUGAGGUCCUUAAACAACUACCCCCCAAAAAAGAUCUUAUUGAGUUGUGUGAUAUGUCAGAGAAACAGGAACAGCUGUACUAUGACCUCUUCAACAAACUAAAGAAAUCUAUUGACAGCCAGGAAAAAAACUCAGAAAUGGGCAAUGUCAUGAUGCAGCUGAGAAAAAUGGCAAAUCAUCCUCUCUUACACCGCCAGUAUUACACAGCUGACAAACUGAAGAUGAUGUCAAUGCUUAUGCUCAAGGAACCCACACAUUGUGAUGCCAAUCCUGACCUCAUCUUCGAAGAUAUGUCUGUGAUGACAGAUUUUGAACUGCAUUUGCUUUGUAAACAGUAUGCUAGUGUCAGUGACUUUAAGUUAGAGAUGGAUACAAUUUUGGAUUCUGGAAAAUUUAGAACACUUGAGCGCAUCCUCUCUGACCUUAAAGAAAAGGGUGAUAGAGUUGUAUUGUUUAGCCAGUUUACUAUGAUGCUGGACAUUUUGGAAGUUCUCCUAAAACAGCAACAGCACCGAUAUAUUAGGCUGGAUGGAAAGACACAGAUUUCUGAAAGGAUACAUCUGAUAGAUGAAUUCAAUACAGAUAUGGGUAUUUUUGUAUUCCUACUUUCGACCAAAGCUGGUGGCCUAGGAAUAAAUUUGACUUCAGCAAAUAUUGUUAUUCUUCAUGACAUUGACUGCAAUCCUUACAAUGACAAGCAAGCAGAAGAUCGAUGCCAUAGAGUAGGUCAGACCAGAGAAGUACAAGUCAUAAAGCUAAUCAGUAAAGGGACCAUUGAGGAGUCUAUGCUCAAAAUCAGUCAGCAGAAGUUGAAGCUAGAGCAAGAUAUGACUGCAGUAGAUUUAGGAGAAGAAGGGACCAUUCCAGCAGAUAUAGCCACAUUAUUAAAAACUUCAUUAGGUCUGUAAAAUGUAAAUAAAAUAGCUGUGGAUUUUAUUGGCGAGAAAAAGGCAAUGUGGUACACCCAUGGACUUUUACAUUACUGGUGACCAUAAGUUUUAUGAACAUUUAUAACUUUUUGUAAUUCCUUUCCUGUAUUUCUCAUGGUAUUGAAGAUUUUUAACACUGAUAGAAUUCUCCAGAUGCUUGAAAACAAAAUGUGUAAAUGCCACACACAUAUGUAGUGCAUAAAAUGUUGAAUAAUCCAUAUUUUACAAAGCCGUUUUAAAAAUGGGGACCUAGUUAGUGAUGACUUUACCAGAUCUGCUAAUGCUUAAGAUUUGUCAGUAUUUUUGUAAUUAUUUCUACCUCCCAAAUAUAUAUAAGAACUGUCUGUUUCACUGGAUAAUGUGUGUAGAUUUUUUUUACAUGUGCCUUAUUUGACAAUGCUCAUGUCUGUUUAUGCUUGUUUUUGUUCAUUUGAAGUACCGUACUGUUUUUGUAUCAACUUGUUCAAAUAAAAUUGUCUAGAUGA